AUGGCGUCUGUCUAUCACGGCCAGUGGGCUUUCAACGGCCGCAAAUUCUACGUAACUACCUCUUCCGGCGAGGUCCACCCACGCGCAACGGAUACCGAGCUGGAUGUCCUUUUCACUGCACCAAUUGGCCACCAAACCAACGUACCCGACUAUCAAGACCACUGGUACGAAGCCCAACUUCUGCAUUUCGGACUCGCGCCGACGAAGAGCAAAGCAGCAGCCAAGAUGAGAUUGAUGGAUGCUUUUCAGGACGGUACCCUAGAAAUUCCAAUGGAAAUACUCCGGAUUGAAGCAGACCUGCGAAAGAACUGGCUCAAACAAGACCUGGAAUCCCAUCUCCUAGCCAGCAGUUCCAUCCGCCAACCUUCACUUACUCCUACCAACCCGGAUGCCAUGGAAAUCGACACGCCUGACGAUGCCGCCACCCAGAAGCCGGAGGGUGUUGACGAGAGCAGUGUUCUCGGUGCUGGCUUGGCCGGCGGAGCUGGUAUGCAAGACAACCUGCAACUGCCCCAUGCUCACCCAAAGAGAAAGGAUGUUAACAACGUGGAGUUGCCGACCCGCCCUAUGAAGACUGCUAGAUGCCGUGGUGAGACUGGUGAAUCCGACCUUGAGGCCUUUCACCAAGUUGAGUAUCAAACCGUACCUCAGGUGCACCAGACUACUUAUGGAAUGGGAACACAGCUUCCCCCGCCCAGCCUAAUGGGUGCCGACGGUGCGAGCGUUUAA